AUGGAAGUUCAAAGAAUUAACCAAAAUAUUUUUACUCUGCUUGAUGAAGAGCUAGCGACUGCUCCUCCAAACUACCCUGAAAUCAUUCAUAUUUCUGAAGGGAUUAGGCCUACAAUAUAUUCAAAAUCUCAGCCUAAAAUAAAAGGAUCUUUAGAAGAGCCCAGAAGCAGUCCUAAAGAAAUUCAUAUCAGAUCAAAUAGAAGACCUUCCCCUCCUAAUAAUAGGAAAUCCCGCACUGGCCUAACUCCCACCCCUUUAUUUAGGAGCAAACCCAUUAUAAAAGCCAUAUUUUUCGGAAAUUAACGCUCCUUAGUAUUGACCAAAAAUUGUUGUAUAAAAUUACAUUUUAAUACAACUAGUUUACGAUAAAUAGCUCAGUAGUAUUAGUCUUAGUCUUAGUUAAAUUUAUAGACUAGCUCCCGGCCAGGACCGAAGGUCCUUUUCUUCCGAAUUUUGGACGCCUCGCUUGCUUUCCUUGCCCUUCCCAGUGUGCACCUAAGUGCCACAGGCUACUACUCAGCUCCUUCCGGUCACGGGGCUUGGCCAUGCUAUCCGGAAGUAGGCGAAUUGGGUCACCGUGCUUCACAUCGCCAGACUAGGGUUAGAGCUAAGGGAUUAACUCCUUAGCUCUUGUCGGCUCCUGCCAUGCCCUCCAAAUUGGCACUAGCGGUCCCUAGAGGAAAAACCCCUUUUUGCCCCGUGUCCUGUCGGGACGACCCUAGGAUCGUAGUUGCUGGACUGGGAGGGAAACCUAGCCGGACACAAACUACCAGUACCCAUUCUAGACCUUUCCCUGGGCGGAUUGGCUUCAGGCCGCAGCAAGGUCCCCCAAUCUCGCCACAGUUCCGGAGAGGACGGAUCGGUGUCGUCGCCAUUUUAUUUGUGCUAUGAAUAGCUCAGUAAGUUGCAUUUUUAUGUUGACUUCUAUUCAGCAAACAAAAUUUGAAUUUGACUUACUAAAUAAUGAUUCUAACGUGCUGCUAUCUCAAAUGUGCAUAAAAUUAACGAUUAUAAUAAUGAAUCUCAAUUCUUAUAUAAAAAAAGAACCCUCUUCAUUAUAGAGAAAGACCUUUCUCAACAACUAUGGGGGAGCAAGCAAUGAAAUAAAAAGACAAGGUGCUGGACUGUAUAAUUGGGGAGAAUACAUUCCGAAAACCUUCAAAGACAAAGAAAAAGUUGAUGUGCAAGGAGAUGAAGCAUUAAUGCCUGACACCGAAAUUUCUGAAGAAAUCGAAACUAAGGUGAAAUCUCAAGAAAACGGAGUUUUAACUAUGUCGGAAUAUUUAGGGCUUGAAGAAAAUGAGGAAGCAAAAGAAAGGAAUAUAAUUGAUAAUAUUGUGGAUUUUACGAAAAAGACUGUUAAGAAAGCUCAAGAAUUGGUAAAAAAAGUGGAAAAAGAGUUAGAAAAGGGGGAACCUCCUGGAUUUAAGGAAAAUGACUUCCCUGAGCUUAAAUCAUUUUAA